AUGGAGCAUAUACUGAAUGGUGGAGCUAGCGCUGUUCGACAGGCCCCUUCUACGACAUGUCUCGGAUGCUACGAAGAGACGACAACGGGUCCUCGCACUCUGGCAGGUGCUGCUUUCUUCAACUAUACUGCGGUGACCCCAGAGAUGUGUGGAGCUCCCUCCUCAGCUUAUGUCUACUAUGGUAUUGUGUGCGGUGGAGAAUGCUACUGUGGCAACAUCAUCGCCCCAGCAGCAAAUGGAGCUAUCAUCGCCCCCAGCCCUGCCGAUUGCUCGAUGCCCUGUCCCGGAAACGCUGCAGAGGAGAAAACAGAAUGA